CUACGAAGCAGCAUUUUUUAUUUUUCUAUUUGUUGUUGUUAUUUUUUUUUUAUUUUAUUUUUUUUUCGACCACUGGGCUUGAGAAACAACCUGCCACCAUGUCUCGUGCUCCAGAUGAUGUGAGCAAGCUUACUGAAAGUACAUACAAGAAUGUGAUGGAGCAGUUCAACCCAGGCCUGAGAAACCUGGUCAACCUUGGGAAGAGCUAUGAGAAAUCAGUCACAGCCAUGACUCUUGCUGGAAAGGCCUAUUACGAUGCGGUCUCAAGGAUUGGAGAGAAUGCCAUCGUGUCUCCGGUCUCCAGAGAGCUUGGUGUGGUUCUAAUGGAGAUCGCAGACGCCCACAGGAAGGUCCAUGAUGAACUUGAAGAAAACUUCAAGAGGUUUCACAGUGAGAUUAUCGUUGAGCUGGAAAAGAAGACAGAGAUGGAUGUGAAAUACAUGAAUGCCACGUUCAAGCGCUAUCAGUCAGAGCACAAGCUGAAGCAGGACUCCCUGGAGCGCUCUCAGACAGACCUGAAGAAGCUCAGGAGGAAAAGCCAGGGAAAGCACUCAUCCAAGUAUGAGAUCAAAGAGAACGAGUACAUGGAGACUAUCUCAUCACGCCAGAUGGACAUGCAGAAGUUCAUCGCUGACGGCUGCAGAGAGGCCUUGCUGGAAGAGAAGAGACGCUUCUGUUUCCUGGCAGACAAGCACUGCAUGUUCUCCUAUCAAAUUAGCAACUUCCAUGAGAAAGCCAAAGAGAUGCUGGCCAUGAAGCUCCCCAGCUGGCAGGAAAAGUGCAGCGACAUCACCAAGGUGCCGGACACGGUGGCGACUAUGAUAGACGGGCUCGCUACCACCCCAGAACAAUCGCCGCUGGUUGAGCGCUACAACAGGAACAACGUGGAGUCAGUGGUGCCUCCUCCAGCGCCACCGCUAAAGGCUCAGAUAAGUCCGCUAGCCAAUAUGUUCAACCCAGAGCCCAGAUCUCCGCUCACCUCGUCUUCAGACCACAACUCAGACCAAGGCAGCCUCGGAGAGGGCAGUAUGUCCCGGUCGACAUCCCAGUCGUCUGGUCUCAAUGUGGGCAGGAAACACCGGGUUAGGACCAUCUUUCCCCACACGUCGGGCAACAAUGACACACUCCUCAGCUUCGACGACGGCGACAUCAUCAACCUGCUCAUCCAGGAUGAGAAGGACGGCUGGCUGUACGGAGAGCUGGAGAAGACGGGGCAGCGGGGCUGGUUUCCCUCUUCUUACUGCAGACCUUGUACUGAGCCAGUGAUAUUAAAUAGCAGCUAUCUGGGAACACCAGUGCGUAGUCUGAGUGUGGCCAGUCUGCCAGAGCAGGAGGAGGAAGAGCCGGUGUUGAUUCCCCCACCAGACUACAGCGAUGACGCCCCCUCUAGCCCAAUGGUCUCCUCAACGCCCUCGCCACAGAACACGGUUUCUUUAGUCAAUGGGACUGCAAAGGCUCCUUUUCUAGGAGGAGGGAAUCCAUUCGCCACGGUCAAGCUGAGGCCAACUGUCACAAAUGACAGAUCAGCGCCAAACAUCUGACGCAGAGCAGGAGAAUUUUCACCGCUGUCAUGCCUUCGGGGGAAUCAUGCAACAUGGGACCCCUGCAACACACUCAAUAUCACCCCAACCUGACAUCUCACCAGCCUGCAUGCUAGUCUCUCUCAGUACCAGUCUGCUCUAUUAGAGGGAUCCAUUGUUUCCGAACAUAAGUGUGUGCUACUGUGCCAGUGUAUGUUUUACAUCAGCCACAACGGAGAGACAUUGCAUAACCAGCACAUGGAGAAACAGGAUAUUCUGAAAAAACUUUGUAGUACAAAGAAAAUGUUUCAAAGUGUUAUGCAUCCCAUCUGUGUUUGUGUUAAAGUGAUAAUUCAACCCAAAAUGAAAAUUUAGGCUUCAUCUAAUCACCAUCAUGUCUCUUUUAAAAAAUUACAUGCAUUUCUGCUGGCUGCUUCACAAUGAAAGCCAACCCGUGUUUUGUCAAUUGAAUACCGUUAAUGUGAAGCAGCAGCAGUUGAAAAUGUUCUGUUUGCAUUAGAGGUAUAACUUACAAACAUACAGCUCCGACACAGUGUAAUAAUAAUCCACAGUUACCAGUGAGAUGAGAUUGCACUGGACUACGUGCAUACAUCGUUUCCUGGGAAUCCCUCGUGCAAAGGUUGUCAAACUCAAUCCGGCGUAGAUUGUUGGUGGUGGAGUUCGCCAUUAGCGAUGAAGGUUCGGCGACGUAGAGAGCUGGCCGUUCAUAAAAAGUAUAAGGAUUAUAACUUUAAACUUAAAUGAAAAAUAGAAAACCACAACACACUUUGUCUCAGCCCUCUCCCGAAGUACUGACAGAUACUGACAAGUGGGAUUGACUCCAGCCCCCCGUGAGCCUAAAUCUAAACGUUGUGUGGCUAAUGAAUGAAAAGAGUAAAAACCAAAAUCACAUCAUAAUCCAAGCAAUUUGUGGAUUACCUUGUUGUCUGCAAAAGGACAAACAUAAUAAUGGAUAUUUGGACCCACCUGCUGAGUCCUUUGGCGACACAGUACAUGCAUUACUGUGCAAAAGGAGACUUUUUAUGUUUGCACGUAGUGUAUUUGAAGAAACCAGCCGUGGAAUACGAGGCUGAGACAGAGCAACUGGGGUUUAUUGUGAGUCUGAUGGUCCCAUAAAUAACUAAAGACUUUUUACUGACGUGUGAAUAUGGAGGUAAAACCUGCAUCUUCAUUUUGGGGUUAACCCUCCCUUUACGAUCGAGUGUCAAAAGGUCUUUUCAGGCUUGUUUGUGCUGCAGUCAAUGAAUACUGAUGUAAAUGAUAGUGACCUGAUGCUGGUGAAACAGACCAGAAGCCAGGCUGUCUUCCUGACUUGCCAAAAAACAUACACAUUGUUAUUUCUAUUUUUAUCAUAAUUAUUUUUGUCUUUCUUUUUAAAAGAGGCAUUGUGAUAUACAGAGGUUGUGAGAAUGAAGGGAAAGUGACGUGUUGGGAAAAGAGUCGGUCAUUUGAGCGAAGGGCAAAACAGUACGUCACAGUUUAAAACGAGAAGGCUAUUUAUAUACAGUAAGUUUGUAAGAGAUAUUUAAAUAAAAUAUAUAUACAGAAGUCCAUUCUGUGAAGGUGCCCCUUUAAACAUGAUGGUCACUGUGCUCGUUUUGAGCCGUGGAUCCAACGCUGAUUUUCAUUUGACUGCUGGUAUGUAUUUUAUAUGGGUAAAAUGACCUUUUGAUGAAGGGAAUGUUUUUCCUUACUCAUGGUUCCACUGUUAAUGUAGAUUCUGUGAACAAUGCACAGUUUAUGCAAAAUAAAGAUGUACUUUACUGGUAGACAUUUGCAUUGUACGUGUAUAUGGUGGGUCAUUGUUUGAAAUCAACAAAGUAUUAACUAUUUCGUGAAGAAAAUAACUUUUUUUUUGCCAUGUAUUUGCUUUACAGGAUGUAAGUGUAUGAUGAGGAGCUGAUUGAUGAAACUGUUUAUUGAUCCGCACAGACCCACUGAUGUUCGUAGGUGAACCCAUCAUACUGACAUAGAUAAUGCCACAUGCUUUCUUCACAGUACCUUGCCACUGUGUUGACCAAUGUAGUCUUUUUUUUUCUCAAUAAA